AUGCUUUUUUUUGGAGCCGUAAAAGAUUUAAAUCCCGGGAAAGUGGUCUCACGAAAAAGCAAACUUAUAAACCCAUAUUUAAUAAGAGAACAAUCUAUGCUUACAUUUGAGGCAGCACCUCAUCAAGGAGUUAAUAAUAUUAUAGAAAAGAUGACGAGUUUACCUUUUCAACGCGUUGCACAUCGAAUUGCUUCUUUAGAUGCUCAGCCUAGCAUCUCUAAUGGCAUUUUCGUGGUCGUCACUGGAGAGUUAUUGGUUGAUGAUGAACAGAAUCCUCAAAGAUUCACACAAGCUUUUCAACUAAUUCCCGAAGGUAGCACUUAUUGGGUGCUUAAUGAUAUCUUCCGUUUAAAUUACGGCUGA